UUGGGGUAAAGGCAUUUCGGUAUGCAAAUCCGACCAAGAAGACUUCAUAAAAGCAAUGCAAAUAAUUAAAUAACAGAACGGAGAAGGGAAAACCCAGAGCACAGAGAACAAAAACCAGAACACGAAACAUACAGCGGCAGCACGGGGGAACCGUGCCAAAUGACGUGCUACUUGAGCUGGCGAAACUUGGAUUAACUAGCUCCCAGAGAAAUAAAUAUAGCACCGAAAAAUAACACAAUAAAACCCCAAACCCAAACCCAAACCCGAAAACCAAAACCUAAAACCCCGAACCAAACACUGAACCCAAUCCCGGCAAGGAGGAGCAGGAGCAGGAUCCACGACAAGGUGCGACAUCCGACAGAAAUCCUUCGUCGCCGCGCACCCAAUAAAAUGCCCUGUCGGAGUACGCGCCAAGCAAGGCCGGGACUAGGAGGAAGAGGAGCAUUGGGCAGAGGAGUCUGCUCCCUCGUCGGCGUCCCCUUGUUGGCCGGGAAGGCGGGCACUGCCAGCAUACUGCUGGCAUUUCUGGCAGCUGUCAGCUUUCGUGGCAUGCGUGCGCCGCUGACAGCGAGUGCGGCGCCCAUGGGGGAGAACGCAUCGCUAAUUGCACCAACAACUUUCUCCCCAACCAUCACAAUGGCCGCAGCCGUGGUGGGAGUGACAGGAGUGGAAGGAGCUGGAGCUGGAGCUGUCAUGCGGCUGCGAGGCGGCGUCAAUCAGGCGGCUGCCAUGGAGGCAACCACAGUGGAGCAACUGCAACAGGAUCAACAGCAGCAGCAGCAGCAAACGGUGGACAUCUGGAGCGAGAGGCCCGAUACAGCAACGCUGACAAAAGGCUUUUCAAUACCCACGUAUCUGCCGCCCUUUCCGGACUUCAUUCCUGCCGAUUUGCCGCAGAUACAAAGGAACACCAGUGCGUGGGCGAGAAAGCCGACGGAUGGCAGACUGAUGACAUCUAAUGAGCAUCCACCGCAGUUGCAAUCCCCGACUCAGGGACAGGGACAGUCCCAGUCCCAGUCCCAGUCCCAGCCACGACUCCAUGCCUACGACAGCGAACAAAAGGAGCUGCAGCUGAGGCGUGAAAAGGAGCUGGCCAAGGAGCGGGAGCAGCUGCCACGUCGACAGCUCAGUCUGCCUCCGAUUAAUGCCACCGUGCAGGCCGGCCAGCAUGCCUAUCUGCCCUGUAAGCUCAACCAGCACUCAAACAAGCCCCUCUCCUGGGUGCGCUUGCGAGACGAACAUAUCAUUGCGGUGGAUCACACAACCUUCAUCAACGAUGCCCGCUUCGCAUCGCUGCUCCAGUCAACGACACAGUCCCCUUCCACGGCAACCACUCCCACUGGCAUUAUGGUCAUUCCGGCGAAUGCCUCCAGCCCGGAGGAUAGGGGCAAUGAGAGCAGCUUGAGCUGGACCCUGCAAAUCAAAUACGUGCGGCUGGAGGAUGCCGGCUGGUACGAGUGCCAGCUGGCCACCGAGCCCAAAAUGAGCGCCAAGGUGCAGCUGUUUGUGAUAACACCUCGAACCGAGCUAAUUGGCGAUCGGCAGCGCUUCGUGAAGGCUGGCAGCAAGGUGGAGCUUCACUGCAUUGUUCGGGGCACACUGGAGGCCCCUAAAUACAUAUUCUGGUAUCGCGGGGAGCAGCAAGUGACGGCCGAGAACGAGGCCAGCGGCGCCCAGAGCGGCUGGUACACGCAAAUCGAUAGGAAUAUCUUUGGCAGCACCGAGCACAAUCGGAAUACGAUUGGCUCGCUGGUCAUUCCGCUGGUGCGCAAAAUCCACUCCGGCAACUAUACGUGUGAGCCGGAGAACAGUGCUGCGGUGUCCAUGCAGUUGCACGUGCUUAGCGGGGAAUACUCCGCUUCGGCCAUCAAGUCAGCGGCCGCAGGGCUCCAUAGACUGGGCCAUGGCUACAGCAGUCUGCACCAGUGGCUAAUUUUCCUCCUGGUGGCUCUGAAUAAGACAUGAGUCUCUAGCCACCUCUAGUCAAGGUGCUUGUCUAAGACAUUAGUUUACUUUUAGAUCAAUUUCACACUACCCACACAACCACACACACACACACACACGAUUACAUUGUUUGUUCCGCGGACACUUCUUCCCGUACCGUCUAAGCUGAAAUUUUGGCCGAUACGAAACAAGUUUUUUAUACAAAUUCUAGGCAUAAUACUGUUUUCCUUUGCUAUAGCUGAUAGGUCUAGGUCUGGCUAAGCAUUAUACUAAGCAUCUACAUGCAUAAUUCUGAGUAACAAAAUCGAAUAUUUGCGUAAAUAAAUAAAGCCUAAGGCGCCUUAAGUAA